AUGGACGUGCGGGCCUACCUCCGCCGCCUUGGAGAGCGUGAAAUGGAGCGCCACGACCGCCUCCGAGCCCUCAUGGUCCGGCUCGAGGCCGAUGGCCAGGUCGACCGUCUCCUCCGCGCACAGGAGGACGACCACGCUGCACGCACCGGCGAGGAGGAGCAGAUCCAGUACCCCUUCUUCACCAAGGGCACGCAGGAGCUUCUCAAGGCGCGUGUCGACAUUGCACAGUACUCGCUGAAAGCCCUAGUUUGCCAUAUUAGGACCUUUCACUCGCUGCCCCGUGCCAAGGCCAGGAUUGAGAUGGCCAAGCGCUGCAACAAGGAUUCCGAUGAGGACCUAGAGGCGGAGUCCGAACUCGUCGUGAAGCAGGCUGGGGAGUUUGUGCUGGAGUGUAGCGAGAUUGGAGAUGAUCGCCCUCUGAUCGGUUGUUCCUUCUCUCGUGAUGCAUCAAUGCUGGCCACAAGCGGUGCAUGUCACCACUGCUUUCCUCCUCGCUCGCUUGCAUGCUCUGCCUCUCGCGUCGUCGUCUCGUCGAAGACGAGCCCAAGAAGAAGAAGAAGAGCACGCUAUAGCUGGAGUACUCCUACAAAAGGAGGGAGGUGUGGCAAGAUUCGCCUCUUUCCUUCCCGUUUCCUUUUCCUCCUCCAUGGUUUUGGCAGGCAGGAGGAGGACGCGAGCAGGCAGUCAUGUCAAGUGCCAAGUGCAUUGAACACCGAUCACGGGCCCGUACAGUGGCAGACCGACAGACAGAGACAGGCGGCCGUGCCACGACCUGCGCCCUCUGAAUAUUUUGCGCACAUUGAUGGCGACGCCACUGCUGCAAGUUCUACCCCGUCUACUGGUAAAAAACAAACCAGUCAGGUGACAACUGCUGCUGCAGCCUGCUGCCGCGGCGGACAACAGAGAGAGACUGACACUGACUGCAAUCAGAGGCUGCUGCUGCUGCUGCUGGUGGUCUCCGCCUCCGCCGCGGAGGGCCCCUGCGCCGUUUCGGCAUCCGAUGCGUCCGUCCGCCAUGGAUGCCGCGGUGGAGGCGGGGUCCGGUCGCCGUGGAUGUGGUGGGGGCACUGCCCGUCCCGUGUGCUGCAGUGCAGGGCCCUAGGCCGUACCACCAUUGCCAUUGGCGCGGGGUGGUCACCUCUGCUUCCGACGAGAACGGAGGUGCUGGGCGGUCCCUUGCGUUGCAUCUGGUCCAAACUCAAGCAAGCAAGCAAGCCAUGGACCGCUCUCGCUCUGAGUCGAGGGGUUGAUGGUUCGGUACCCUUUUCGGCUUUUCUGCCUAACGAAACGGCGGGCAUUGCGGUGCCCCCACCCACAUCGAGCUUUGCAAUAAACAGUACUAUUUUUAUUUGUAUUUGACAAAUAUUAUUCAAUAAUAAAUUAACUAGAUUUAAAA